GCGCUCGAUCCCCCCUCCCCUGCGAGAGAGACCCCUCCCCCCCUUGAAGUUGAAUCCAAGAGGGGAUGAUGCUGUUUUCUUCCUGUCGGUCAAAGAAAACUCCCUCUCUGUUUUUUGCCUUUCGUUUCCAACCGACUAGGUAGGGCUAGACACCCGGUUCGUUCUCGAGGGCGUGGAAGGAUUACCCGUUUGACGCUUGGGGCCAAGAAUAGCAGCAGCAGCAGCAGCAGCAUCCAGUCUAUACCCUACUCAUUCCUCACCUGAGGCUGGCUGGCUGCUUGACUUCACUGCUCUUUCUCUGGCCCAUCGUCGGAUAUUCGCCAUCCUCUUUGUCAGUGUUUUGUCUGAUGAGAAGCCGCCCCAACUCGACAGCUUGCCGGCAUCCAGCAUCCAGCAUCCAACUUGAUAAUUGGAAUAAGGCCUGUGGGGAACAUGCGUGGGCCACCACAUCUACCUGCUACGUCGUCUAAAUGCUUAGCCACGCUUACUUGACCUAGACUUCUGGAUCAACGGGACCAACUUCGGCUCACCAUCGCCGUCCAGUGGAGAAGGGGGUGACGAACAACUUGUCUGGCCAUCUGCACCAGGACUGCUCUAAAUGCGACAGCCCGGCUAGCUGGUCCCGAGAACAUCGCCCGAGGACUAGCAUACGCUUGGCUGCGGCGAGCUUGUGUCUUUCUCGCAGUAGCUUACGGCACGUAAGCCUUGUAAGUUAUGGCAGAGAAAGAGCGUCGGCGCUAGGGGAGAUCUGACAGCGCCCUCCGCCUUACCGUUUCUGCUUUUCUCAUCGCUGCCGGGCGCCAAACGUACAUGUGCCUUACCAGACUGAGAUGGUGGUGGUGUUGCUGCUACUGCUUGUCUAUCUACCGGUAUGGUGAUUAGAGAGAGACCGGGAUCAUAUCGCAUUGUCAACCUGCCAAAUCAACCACGCUUAAAUGGGUCGAAAUAAGCUAAUUGAGACCUCAGAUCAACGGCUCGCCAGUUUCCAUGGCUCAUGAGACUUUACAUCCGAAGCACGAUAUUUCUUGGCUCUCACUCAGACCUACCUCAACGGGCUUCCGCAUAGUUGCGAACAGAAAGCGAGCAUGGGAAAGGUCAGAACGGUCACGCAGAGACAGAUGCACACCAUCCACGUCCACACCCACAGCUCAACAUUCCCCCUUCUCCUUGCCCCCCCCCCCCUCUCCCCCAUCCCCUGCGCUAGCCUCCCGGCACCGAUCGACCAGUAUCCCUGCUCUGGAUCACGGCCUGGUCAACUGUGGGGUAAGGGGACUCCCCUGCUUGUGACCGAUCUUCUCCUCGACGUAUUCGCAGAAUUCCAAACAUGCUACCAGAUCCACCUCGUUGCCGCAACUCAUGUCUUGGGUCCUGACUGACGGGAGGGAACCCCGAUCCCAGGCGGAAGCGCACACACCCUCCCCUGGUCCUCCUCCUCCAGGCUUCGCCCUCCUUCUCCUACCUCGCCUUCGCUCUCAGUCAGAACCUCUGCAGUGGUUCGACCGGUUCGACGCCAGAUCCGUCCAUCACAGGGUUGGCCCGGCUUGACAUGGACGCGCACGCCCCCUUGCUGAGCGGGACAAUCUGUGACCAGGGCAUCACAACUUGAGACUUGGCUCGCCUGGAGCCUCCAAGCAACAAGCGCACGACGUCGUCGUCCCAUUUUUUGCAACAUGUAUAAUCCUCGCUCUCUGAGCCGGGCCAGUCGCCAUCUCUUGACUUUCCUACUUUGAACAUUAACUCGGCCUUGUCCACCACCGUCUUCUUCUUCUUUUCCGACCUGGGUUACUCUUCUCUUCUUGGCCAUCCUCUAUUCCUUUCUCCCGCCCCCCGUCACCAGUUUCCGUUCAUUCACGACGACUCUUGUUUAAUUCCCCCUUUUUUUUUACACUUUUGAGGGCUCCCUGGAGACAGCUCCUCGUCCUUCUCAUUAACAAGCAAAAGAGCCGCCUGGUGUGGCCUGUUUUUAUAUCCUCUCUCUGUUCAUAGAGUUGUCUGCCUGGUGACGGACGUCCUUUUUACAUCACAAUCAACAUGGAGUCAACUUCAUUGCGGUCGCUGGUCCUUUACGGCCUCCUGUCGACCUUUGCCGACGCCUCCCCGGUCGAGAAGCGCGCUAAUAUCCAAAAGCGAGGACACUUCCUCGUCCCCAGAGUGCCCAACGACAACUUCGCCGGUCACAAUGGUCCGAGACAGCUGAUCAAGGCGUACCGCAAGUACAGCAUGCCCAUCCCGCAGGGCCUGCAGGAUGCCAUGGACGCCAUGGCGGCCCAGAACCCCAGCCCCGAGCCCGUCAAGGCCGAGGGCUUCAAGUCUCUCGCCGCCGGCGCCACGAACCAGACCGCCGCCGCUGGACAACCCGGAACCGGUCUCGUCACCGCCACCCCGAUCCGCAACGACGUCGAGUACGUUUCGCCCAUCAAGAUUGGUGGCCAGGAGGUCAACGUCGACUUUGACAGUGGUUCUUCCGAUCUGUGGGUCUUCACCUCCAUGCUCGACGCCACAUCCCAGACCGGUCACCAGCUGUACGACCCUACCAAGAGCACGAACGCCAAGAUGCUCUCCGGACAGCAGUUCUCUAUCCGCUACGGUGAUGGCUCCGGAGCUCAGGGUGUCGUCGGAACUGACGUCGUCGACAUUGGCGGCGCCGUCGUUCAGGAGCAGGCAGUCGAGAUGGCCACCGCCGUCUCCCAGCAGUUCGUCCAGGACACCGCCAACAACGGUCUUCUCGGUCUUGCUUUCUCCAAGCUGAACACCGUCAAGCCCACGGCCCAGAAGACCUUCUUCGACAACGUCAUGCCCAGCCUUGCCGAGCCCGUCUUCACCGCCGAUCUCCGCAAGAAGACCGUCGGCGCCUACGAGUUUGGCCGCAUCGACAGCUCCAAGUUCACCGGCCAGAUGGCCUGGAUCCCCGUCAACACCACCAGCGGUUUCUGGCAGUUCAGCAGUGAGAAGUUCCAGGUUGCCGGCGGUCAGGUCCAGCAGGGUACCGCCGGUGCUCAGGCCAUUGCCGACACCGGUACCACUCUCAUCCUCGCCAACCCUCCCAUGGUCCAGGCCUACUACCAGCAGGUCCAGGGUGCCAAGCAGGACCAGCAGGUCGGCGGCAUCACCUUCCCCUGCAACGCCCAGCUUCCCGAUCUCAUGAUGGAUAUCGGCGGUGUUUACAUGGCCCGUGUCAAGGGUGCCGACAUCAACUUUGCCCAGGUUGACGCUCAGACCUGCUUCGGUGGCCUCCAGGCAACCACCUCUAAGCUUCAGAUCUACGGAGACAUCAUGUUCAAGUCGCAAUUCGUUGCCUUCAACGGUGGAAACAUGUCCCUCGGCAUGGCCGAGCACGUCGUCAACAGCCAACAGGCGGCAGCACCCGCGACUGGCGCUGGCGCAGCGGCGUAA